AUGGAGCAACUUUGCAGAGAUGAUGAUUGUAUUGUGGACGAGUCUUCAUCGAAGACCGUCUCUUCUCUUGGUCACGGUAGGUUCGGUAGCGUCACUCUGGAGAAGGACUCAGAAUCCAGACUUUGCGCAAAGAAGUCAUCGCCGAUGCACCUCAAAAAUAUUCUCGAGAAGGAGCUUAGGAUUAUGCAUCGUUUCCGAGAUCAUCCUCGCAUCGUCGAUGCCUCAAACACUCUUCACUUACGAACCAAACCCUACGAAUGCUACAUGAUCUAUAUGGAGUACGCCUCCCAAGGUAAUCUCCAUAAGCUUAUACACGGUUUUCGCAGGCAGUCACGGAAGAUACCAGAGACCCUGGUCCAACGUGCGGCUCGUAUGAUCCUAGAAGGACUCGUUGCUCUUCACUCCCAUGGUUACGUUCACUGCAACCUCAAGCCAUCCAACGUUCUCGUCUUCCCUUCCACAACUCCUGGAGAGCUGUGGGAUCUCAAGCUUGCUGAUUUCGGUUCAUCCAUGGAACCUGAUUCCGAAUAUGAUUUCGUGUCCAUUGGUACGGCUAAGUAUCUGCCACCAGAGUCUUUUGCGCCAAACGGACUGGUCAUCGAGCCGGGACUUGAUAUAUAUGCUCUGGGGUGUGUGGUUUAUGAGAUGUUAGGAGCAAUACCUAUCCAGGAGAUAUUUGAUGAAUUCUACGAGUGGAAGUUGCGUGGUCGAGAUAUCUCUCCGGAGGCUAGAGAUUUCUUGAGUCAGUGCCAAGACAUGCAUCCACGCAGGCCCACUGCUGCUGAGCUCUUGAACCAUUCGUUCAUUACAGGAAGCUUUCCAUCGCCAACCGCAGAAGACGAAAAGGGGUCCUUGAUUCCAAGUGUCUCGAAGCUUAUCUCGACCUGAUUCCUAUUGUGUGAUAUGUCAAAUCUCUUUCUCUCUCUUUGUUCUUUCAAUUCAAACAAACUAGUCGUGAGAGAUGUGAGAUGACUGCGAUCUAGAGGCUAGAGCAAAGAUGAUUUCAAUUUAUCUAAUAAACGAACUACUUAAAUUUGGUGGAGAGGUUUGGUUGGUUUCUUUACUUGCAUUGGAUGACAAGUACUCUUAAGUCAAAUAGGUUUAUCAGUGUGCAUGUGCCAGAUCAGUUAAAGCACUCCUCCAUGUUUACAUGAGUUUAAAUGUAUAAUAAGUCCUCCUGCAUAUAUUAAUAUAUUGCCAUAUUUAGUGUAUACAAAA